AUGGCGGAAGAGCUCGGUGGCCUGAGGUUUGCCAGGCUGUACAGGCAGAAGGGACAACUGCAUUUCGUCGGCCUCGACAUCAAAAGCAAGGCAUCGAACGCUUCCAAGCGGGGCCAACGGGCUCCCAAAGAGGUUGUAGCUUUCUCGGCCGCAGCACGACACCUGACUGGCAAGGAAGCGUUGAGGCGCCUCGACGAGCUAAAGGCGUCCGGCGUUCAACUCGAUGUCUUGGCGUUCAAUGUGACCAUCGCCGCAUGCUCCCGGAGCACUCAGUGGCGUCAGGCACUCAGUCUCCUUCACGAGCUUCAGAGUUCGUGCACUUUGGCUCCAGACGCCGCUUCUUUCAGCGGAGCAGGCAGCUCGCUCGUUCGAGCGGCGCUUUGGGAGCAGGCCCUUGCAUUGCCAGUUCCAAGGCUCAACGUCGUCAGCUUCGGCACCCUUCUGGCAGCCUGCGAGAAAGGUGCCCGAUGGGAGGAGGCGUUACAGCUGCUUCAGCAUAUGCGCCGGCUGCAGAUACAGGCCACUGCCAUUGCCAUGAACAGUGCCAUCGGUGCUUGUGGCAGAGGCGAGAGGUGGGAAUCAGCACUCCAGCUCUAUGCAGAGCUUGUCGAAGGAGGCGCCGAUGCCGGCAAUCGAACACAGUCUGCUUUGAUGACUUCGCUGGCUCGAGGUGCUCAGUGGACGCAGGCCAUCCACAUGCUGCAGCAGAUGUCCAGCCCCAACAUCGUCGUGCACACGGCUACCGCCGAAGCUUGCGCACGUGCAGGUCGAUGGCAAGAGGCUUCCACAGGCACAGCUUCAGCCUACUCCGAGCUUCUCGGCACCGAGUGGGAGGCAGCAAUGGCCUUGAUCCGCAACAUGCCCGACCAAAAGGUUCAGCCGGAUGCAAUUUGCUAUGCCGCGGCCGUGGCUCACACACAGGGUGCGCCGGCAGCACCAAGCCUGGCCUACUUGGCGAAGAUGUACGGAGAUGAGGGUGCAUCUGACAACCGGUCGUUCCUCAGCAAAACAGGUAACGUGUUUCUGAUGAGGGCUUCGCGAAUGGGCGUGGAGCGCUAG